AUGGAUCUGGCAGUCUCUGCAAUCGGAUUUGAAGGUUUUGAAAAGAGGCUCGAAAUUACUUUUUUUGAGCCGGGCAUCUUUGUUGAUCCUGAAGGGAAUGGCCUUCGAGCCCUGUCAAAGCCCCAGUUGGAUGAGAUUCUUGGACCAGCUGAGUGCACUAUUGUUGAUUCACUAUCAAAUGACUAUGUGGACUCCUAUGUCCUCUCUGAGUCGAGCCUCUUUGUAUAUCCUUACAAGAUCAUCAUUAAGACAUGUGGGACUACGAAAUUACUUCUUUCAAUCACACCUAUCCUGAAGUUGGCUCACUCGCUUUCUCUAAAUGUGAAAUCAGUGAGGUAUACUCGUGGGAGCUUCAUUUUCCCUGGAGCUCAGUCCUAUCCUCAUCGCAAUUUCUCCCAAGAAGUUGCUGUCCUGGAUGGCUAUUUUGGUAAGCUUGGUUUCACAAGCAAGGCUUACAUAAUGGGUGGUUUGGACAAACCACAGAAAUGGCAUGUUUACUCUGCAUCUGCAGAUUCGGCCAUCUGUUUUGACCCUGUUUACACAAUAGAGAUGUGCAUGACUGGCUUGGACAGUGAAAAGGCUUCUGUGUUUUUCAAAACACAAUCAUCUUCAGCUGCUACAAUGACCGAUGAUUCUGGCAUCAGAAAGAUUCUUCCAGCCUCUAAUAUAUGUGAUUUUGAGUUUGAACCCUGUGGUUAUUCCAUGAAUUCAAUUGAAGGGAAUGCAAUCUCUACCAUCCAUGUGACUCCUGAGGAUGGUUUCAGUUAUGCAAGCUUUGAAGCUGCAGGAUAUGAUCUGAAAAAUGUGAGCCUGAGCCAGUUGGUUGAUAGGGUGUUGGCUUGUUUCCGACCAAGUGAAUUCUCCAUUGCUGUGCAUGCUGUUGCUGCUGGAGAACGACUUGAGCAGACUUGUUCACUGGAUGUGAAGGGAUUCUGUCGUGGAGAGAAGAGCCAUGAAGAGCUUGGUAUGGGUGGUUCGCUUAUCUACCAGAAUUUUGUUAGGUCUGGGGAUGUUGGUUCUCCUAGAUCAAUCCUUAAAUGCUGCUGUGAAGAGGAAGAGCAGGAAGAAGAUUAUUAG